AGAUUACAGGGUGCAGUUUAUAAAUGCGCAGUCUUGUGAUGACAAAUACAUUUAGCUGGAGUAUAUUAUAUUAGGCCUGGUUUAGUUUCUAACCUUUUCUUUAAACUUCCAACUUUCGGUCACAUUAAAACUUUCUUACAUACAUAAACUUUUAACUUUUUCGUCACAUCGUUUCAUUUUUAUUCAAACUUUUAAUUUUAGCGUGAACUAAACACCCUUGAUUGGUAUAACUACUCCAUUAUCAGACGAACACCUGUACCGUUCUAAUUAACUCCUCCGCAUUACUCCCAAGUCCCAACUGCUUCAAAACGGUGUUGAUUCUGAGAGCCAAACACCCCCAAUCUUUCAGGCCCCUCCCGCGCAGAAGCCGAUCGGACCAGAUCCGUACCCCGUCCAAUGGCCUCUACGGCAGAAGUUGCCGCCGCGGCGGCGUCGGCGUCGGCGGCGGCGGCCGCAGCGGAGACGAAGGGGAAGGGUGAGGAGGGGAAGAGGAAGGGUAUGGGGGAUACUGGGGAUGAUUUGGCGGGCUCUGUGUUCGCGGGGCGCGGCGAUGACUACGAGAGAUGGCUGCAGUACCUGUCCAAGGAGGAGGCCGCCGUGCACGCGCGCCUGCGCCGUUCCCGCCGUGGCGUCCGCAACCUCGUCGUCCUCUCCAUCCUCAGCGAGGUAUUGUCUGUAGUUUAUGCAAUCAUCAUGACAAAAUCUGUGGAUCUAGAUUGGCAGAUGAGGGCUAUUAGAGUGCUGCCUAUGUUCGUCUUGCCUGCUUUAUCCUCAAUGAUAUAUUAUACGCUAAGCUUCACAAGGAUGUUGGAGCAGAAGGAUCAGAAGUUGCUUGAAAGAUUGAGAGAGGAGAGAAAAGCUAAGAUUGAUGAACUGAAAGAGAGAACAAAUUAUUAUCUCACCCAGAAGCUUAUUCAGAAAUAUGACCUUGAUCCUGCAGCGAAAGCAGCAGCAGCUUCGGUCUUGGCAACUAAGCUGGGGGCAGAUAGUGGUCUUAAAGUAUACUCCCUCCGUCCCAAAAAAACCCAACCUAGGAUGGGAUGGGACAUAUUCAAUAUGUCCCAUCCCAUCCUAGGUUGGGUUUUUUUAGGACGGAGGGAGUACGUCAAAGAUGAAGCAAAAUCUGAGUCAUCACAGGCUAGAAGUAGCGCCAGUGAGGUAAUUCCUUCCAAUGGGUUGAGAAACAGGAAGCAUACAAAAGCAAAAGGCAGCAGCACUGGCAACGCUGCAGAUGAUCAUAAUACUGGGCAGGUAAGUGAAGCUGUAGGCGAUCACCUGGAAGCUAUGGAACCUUCUAGAGUCGUUGGGCAUUAUCAAAGCUCAGGUACCAGUGACAGUGGUUGGAUGGCAAAGAUUUGUGGCAGUUGCCAUAUGCAUAAUGGGUUGGCCAGGAAAGAAGAUUUUCCUCACGUGACGUACUGCUGCCCACAUUGUCAUGCACUUAACAUGUCAAAUCAAACCAUUGGGCGAUGGUCCGGCUCAAACUCCGGUCAGUUGACCUCAAGUGCUCAAGUUUCUGGUACAAAUCCUGUUGCAGACAAUGAACUAGGCAACCAAACCGAAGGUCAAGAGAUCUACGUGGAGGAAAAUUCUGGGGAAGGUCAAGGGAUCUACGUGGAGGCAAAUUCUGGGUAACAACCAGUGAAUGUAGAUUGAGGCUUGUCGUUUGAUGAAGAACCUCUCUCUAGUCUCCUUGCCGGUUACAACUACACCAGCAGCUGUUCAGAGCUCAUGCAGGAGUCAGUAGUAGUAGUACUGUUGUAAAUAGCACAUAUCUGUAUACAUGAUGUACGAUAGCUGGAACAAUAUGUUCAGAGCGUCUUCGCACAGAGCACAUCACCGUCUGAUCAAAUUGGUUGAGAGGCUGCAUAUUAUUGUACGUACGUCAGUACCUGUCUACGUGAUAUUAUGGUAUGUUGGUUUAACCCUCAGCAGCAUGGAUGGUCAAUAUCUAUAAAAAAUGAUGUGUCAGUUUUUUUUUACGAUUAGAAGAA